CUUACUGUAGUUAGGUGAUUUAAAUGUCUUGGAACAAAUACCUGCACGAACAUCUCCAUCUCUUCAGUGGAAUAACAGAUCCAUGAAUGACACAAGUCCCACGUAUCGCAAAAUGUGCUAGGUUUCUGGACCAGUGCAUCAGGCUGGAUAACUAAAGGGGAAGCCCUCAGACGCUGACCUGACGGUCGUUGAGAAAAUCCACUUCCUUCCUUUUCUCUUCUUUGUGUUGCAGCUUUUAGACACAAACAAUUACAACCCAGUGUUGCGGCGCUUCAAGACAUCUCUUGAUGCUGCAGUAGUGGAAGUGUUCCGUCAUUCCUCGUGGACAACAUGAAGAUUGCUUUCGCCCCCAUGGACGUGCCCCUCCGCAGGAGACUGCAGACUGUUGCGGUGCUGCAGUGGGUCUUCUCCUUCCUUGGCUUGGCACCCACAUGUAUCUUCCUGUUCUUCUAUCUGCUGUUCACUCGCUUCUGGUUGGUCAGCGUGCUCUACUCUGUCUGGUGGUUCUUUGACUAUGACACUCCUGCACGUGGAGGGCGCAGGGUGCCUUACUUGUGUGGCAUCAGAAUUUGGGACUACAUGCGGGAUUAUUUUCCCGUCAAGUUGCUGAAGACAGCUGACCUGGACCCAAGACACAACUAUGUCAUCGGCUUCCACCCACAUGGCAUCUUGGUGGCAGGGGCCUUUACCAAUUUCUGCACUUACUGCACAGGAUUCAUGCAGCUAUUUCCAGGCAUUACCAGCUACCUGCUCAUGCUGCCCCUGUGGUUUAGAGCCCCGUUCUUCAGAGACUACAUCAUGUGUGCAGGCCUCAUUCCAUCUGACAAAGAGAGCGCCAGUUAUCCACUCCGACGCAGGGGUGGUGGUAAUGCAGUUGUAAUAGCCGUCGGCGGCGCCCCGGAGGCCCUUGAUGCUCACCCAGGGAUGUACAAUGUGCUCUUAGCCAAGAAGAAAGGCUUCAUUAAAAUGGCUAUGGAGCACGGAGCUCACCUGGUGCCAGUCUUCUCCUUUGGAGAGAAUGAGGUGUUUGAUCAAGUGGGAAACCCGAAAGGAACCUGGCUUAGAAGUAUACAGGAACAGCUGCAAAGAAUCAUGGGUAUCUCCUUGCCUCUCUUCCACGCUCGCGGGAUCUUCCAAUAUUCCUUCGGCCUCAUGCCUUACAGAAAACCCAUCCAUACCAUCGUUGGACGGCCUAUUAGGGUGGAGAAAAACGAGAAGCCAACGGCUGAGGAGCUUGACACCCUCCACCAGCUGUACAUGGACCAACUCAGCAACCUCUUUGAGGAGCACAAGGCCAACUACGGCGUGGACAAGGACACACACCUCAACUUUGUCUGAUGUGGACAAACCGUGCAUUGCUGUUUAUUCCUGCAGGUCACAGCCUCCACAUCGAGAAAUUCAGUGGGUUACAUAGGAAAUACAGGAGGUUCUCAUGCCAUCCACGUGUAUUUGAAAGGUCCAUAAAAAUGUCUGUAUUGACACUAACACAAACCAACGGGAGGUCAUCAAAGCAAACACCUCACACACAAGUGGAACGUGCCAAACAAUACAGUUUUAUACAAAUGAUAACCCGCAAAGCAUGCUGGUAACCUCCUGUUGUCCCAGCAUGCCUUGCGGGUUCUAAAUUAGUAUAAAAUUGUAACAUUUUGCAUGUAGUGUCCAUGCGAGUAUCAAAGUAGACACUUACACACUAACAUACAUGCAAAACAAUACUAUUUUAUACAAAUUAUAAGCCACAAGGCAUGCUGGGUAACCUCCUGUUGUCCCAGCAUGCCUUGCGGGUUCUAAAUUAGUAUAAAAUUGUAAA